GAGUUCAUUCAUUAAACUGUUUGAACGCAUUUCAAAACAAAACAAUAAAAUCACUGAAAAUAUAUCCAAAAAAUCAAUUGUUUUAUCAAUUAGUGAUAAUACGGCUCAAGAAGUGAUGUCAAACCGUAAUCAGUGGUCAAAUGUUAACAAUGGUAUGAAUCAGAGUUCAAUUCAAUACCGAUUGAAUCAAAGCGUACGCUUCAGCGCCAAACUGAAGACACGGACCCGUUUGGAGUCAUCGCAACACCAGUUGUGCGCUUAUGUCCACCGCAUAUGUCUUCAGAAUCGUUUGGAAGGAUUUAAUUACUGUAUUCGUCAUAUACUUGAAGACAGAAGUGCACCAUUCAGACAGUGUUCAUACAUUCACCCGCAAUCUGGCAAACGGUGUCCAAAUGCCGCCCGAAGGACUGACAGACGCGACAGUACUCUCUGUCCGUGGCAUCUGAAGAAACUGUAUCUCAAGCGCAAACAGGCGGCCAUUCAACAGAUUCGUCUUAAAUGUGAAGAAAGCCAUAAACGCAAUGAAGAGAUGAAGCAAGUGAUGACACGAUUGGAACACUUCUGUCCAAAUAAAGCUCACGACAACCGACGACUCGCACUCGAUUGGGUUCAACUUGAAGAUCAAAGUGUUACCGCUAGCGAUCAUUUAAGGAAGAAAAUGGUUGAAUCUGUGUCUAAUUUAAGCGCAUCCAAUGACGAUGACUGUUCUAAUACGUUUGUCGAAGAUGUCUUGCGAUCAGAUCCAUUGGACUCGGAUUCUGAAUCUGUUGACAGUAAUUGCGAAGAACCGCUUAAACGCGCCGGUGUUUAUGCGGCCGAAGAAGUUUCACUUAUUUUGAGAGAGAAGAUGUUAAGACUUCAAAAUCUAUAUAUCGAACAAUUUAAACGAUUCCAGUAUUUAUUAAAAGAAAAGAAAAAGAAUUAUUUGGUGUCACUUAAGAUGGAGAAAGAGAUGAAUGGAGUGAAGAGUAUAUCUCAAACAAUGCAACAAAAUCUAAGUUUUUCCAAACAAGAUAGGGAUGACUAUAAAAGACUUAAAGCUUUGUGGAGAUAUCAGAGACCUCAUGGACAGGAAGCUCUUCUCAAGAAAGAAGCCAACGAAAAGAGAAAAGCAUUUGUUGAUGGAAUUCAAUAUAAGGGAUCAACUCAUCCUAACUGUAUAUUUGUCAAAGAAGACGAGGUUUGCACCAAUAGGACAAUACCACUCUCUCAUUAUUGUCAAAAACACAUAUUAUAUGAUGUAAACCAAGUGUUAUACAGACCGUGUGCUUACGUUGAGAAGAUAUCCGAUGACCAGUGUUCCCCUCCGUGUCUCAAUCCAAUCAUCUCAUAUGUUCACCAAAAUACUUGUGUUUAUCACAAACAACUUAAGACUGAUAUCAAAGAUAUUAAUAAAUUGAUGGAUUCUAACGAAGACGAUGUCAACCAAAUUGUUUCACUUCCGACGGAACCAGAAUUGUUUCAGACUAUGGAUGACAUCGCAUCACUUGGUUUGGAUGCCGUCAAUCCAUCCAAUCUCUUCAGUUUAGAUCAAUUCGGAGAACUUGAAUCUACAGACUUAUUAAAUUAAUUUUUAUUUAAAAUUAAAUACUAAUUAUCGUAAU